CUUCUCUCUGCGUGGCUCGUGAGUGCAGCGCUGCCCCUGCAAGUGCCCCCGGCCGCCAUCCCCAUGGAGCUGCGCGUGGACCAGCAGUUUGCGCUGGCGCCCGCCGACCCCAGCCUGCGGGAGCAGCAGCUGCAGCAGGAGCUGCUGGCGCUCAAGCAGAAGCAGCAGAUCCAGAGGCAGCUCCUCAUCGCCGAGUUCCAGCGCCAGCACGAGCAGCUGUCCCGCCAGCACGAGGCCCAGCUGCAGGAGCACGUAAAGCAUCAGCAGGACAUGCUGGCCCUGAAGCAUCAGCAAGAGCUGCUGGAGCACCAGCGUAAGAUGGAGAAGCACCGGCAGGAGCAGGAGCUGGAGAAGCAGCACCGCGAGCAGAAACUGCUGCUCCUCAAGAACAAGGAGCGCGGGCAGGAGAGCGCAGUGGCCAGUACAGAGGUGAAGAUGAGGCUCCAGGAGUUUGUCCUGAACAAGAAGAAGGCCUUGGCACAGAGGAACCUUAACCACUGCAUGCCCAACGACCCGCGCUUCUGGUACGGGAAGACUCAGCACAGCUCCCUGGACCAGAGCUCCCCCCCGCAGACGGGGGUGUCCGCCUCCUACAACCACCCGGUGCUGGGGGUGUACGACCCCAAAGACGACUUCCCACUCCGCAAGACCGCUUCGGAGCCCAAUCUGAAGCUGAGGUCGCGGCUGAAGCAGAAGGUGACGGAGCGGAGGAGCAGCCCGCUGCUGCGCAGGAAGGACGGGGCCAUCACCACCGCCAAGAAACGCUCCCUGGACAUGGCGGAUUCCGCGUGCAACAGUGCCCCUGGUUCUGGCCCAAGUUCUCCCAACAACAGCUCCAACAACAUCACCAACGAGAACGGGAUCGCUGGGUCCUUCUCCAGCAGCCCCGGGGAGGCGUCUCUGGCCCGCAGGCUGGCCGGUCAGGAGGGCCCCAUGAGCCAGCUGUCCCUCUACACCUCCCCCUCCCUCCCCAACAUCACACUGGGGCUGCCCGCCACCGGCCCCUCCAGCGGGGCGACCAGCGCGCAGGACGGGGACCGCUUGGCCAUGGCCGGCCUGCCCAUAACCACUUCCUUCAUUCCGGGGGCCCACCUGCCCUCGUACCUGGGCGCCUCGGCCCUGGACCGGGACGGGGGGUCCGCACACAACCCCCUCCUCCAGCACAUGGUCCUGCUGGAGCAGUCGGCCGCUCAGAACCCCCUGGUGUCGGGCCUGGGAGCCCUCCCCCUGCAGGCCCCCUCCAUCCACAAACUGCGUCAGCACCGCCCCCUGGGGCGCACGCAGUCGGCCCCCCUGCCCCAGAACAGCCAGGCCCUGCAGCAGCUGGUGGUGCAGCAGCAGCACCAGCAGUUCCUGGAGAAACACAAGCAGCAGUUCCAGCAGCAGCAGCUGCACAUCAGCAAGAUGAUCACCAAACCGAGCGAGCCGGGCCGGCAGCACGAGAGCCACCCGGAGGAGACGGAGGAGGAGCUGCGGGAGCACCAGGAGGGGCUCCCGCGCGGCGUUACCAUAAAGCAAGAGCCGCUGGAGGACCCCGAGGAGGACCAGCUGCAGCAGAGAGAGAGACAGGCCGAGCAGGAGCUGCUCUUCAGACAGCAGGCCCUGCUCCUGGAGCAGCAGCGCAUUCACCAGCUGAGGAACUACCAGGCCUCCAUGGAGGCGGCCGGCCUGUCCGUCUCCGCACGCCCUCUCAGCGUCUCGCCGGCCGCCACCUCCCCACGCGCAGUGCGUGACUCGUCUCCUGAGUCUGUUUCUGCGAGUCACUGCCCCAGCGACCGCGUUCCCGCCGCCGCCUCGCUGCGGGCCUCAGAGAGCGGGGGGGCGAAGCGCUGCGACUCCGGCGCGGCCUCGCCCGUUUCCCCUCUUACCAAGCUGCUACGGAACGCCAAGCUGCCCGUGUUCAUCUCUGUGUGUGUGUGUGUGUCUGUCUGUGUGUGUGUGUACGUGCGUCCUGCAGGGCUGGUGUACGACACUCUGAUGCAGAAGCACCAGUGCAUGUGCGGGAACACCAACACACACCCGGAGCACGCCGGACGCAUCCAGAGCAUCUGGUCCCGCCUGCAGGAGACGGGGCUGCGCAGCAAGUGUGAGUGUAUCCGCGGGAGGAAGGCCACCCUGGAGGAGCUGCAGACGGUCCACUCCGAGGCCCACGUCCUGCUGUACGGCACCAACCCCCUGCGGCAGAAACUGGACUGCUCAGUAACACCCAUGUUUGUGCGGCUACCCUGUGGCGGUGUGGGGGUUGACAGUGACACCAUCUGGAACGAGGUCCACUCCUCCAGCGCCGCCCGUCUGGCCGUCGGCUCGGUCAUCGAGCUCGUCUUCAAGGUCGCGUCCGGAGAGCUGAAGAACGGCUUCGCUGUGGUACGGCCCCCUGGACACCACGCGGAGGAGAGCACUCCAAUGGGCUUCUGCUACUUCAACUCCGUGGCCAUCGCUGCCAAGCUCCUGCAGCACCGGCUCAACGUCAGCAAGAUCCUCAUCCUGGACUGGGACGUUCACCACGGCAACGGAACCCAGCAGGCCUUUUACGGGGACCCCAACGUCCUGUACCUGUCGCUCCAUCGCUACGACGACGGGAACUUCUUCCCCGGCAGCGGCGCUCCGGACGAGGUGGGCAGCGGGCCAGGUGUGGGUUUCACUGUGAACAUGGCCUUCACCGGGGGUCUGGACCCCCCCAUGGGAGACGCGGAGUACCUGGCAGCUUUCAGGACCGUGGUCAUGCCCAUCGCCAACGAGUUCGCCCCGGACGUGGUGCUGGUGUCCUCGGGCUUCGACGCCGUGGAGGGCCACCCGCCCCCCCUCGGAGGAUACAAACUCACCGCCAAAUGCUUUGGCUACCUGACCAAGCAGCUGAUGGGAUUGGCCGGAGGCCGCGUGGUGCUGGCUCUGGAGGGGGGUCACGACCUCACCGCCAUUUGCGAUGCCUCGGAGGCGUGCGUCUCUGCUUUACUGGGAAACGAGCUGGAUCCUGUCCCACAGGAGGUUCUGCAGCAGAGGCCCAAUCCCAAUGCUGUGCGCUCCAUGGAGAAGGUUCUGGAGGUCCACAGUAAAUACUGGCAGUCGGUGCAGCGCUGCGCCUCCACGGUUGGCUACUCCCUGAUGGAGGCGCAGAAGUGUGAGACGGAGGAUGAAACUGUCACUGCCAUGGCCUCCCUGUCUGUGGCCGCCAAGCAGCUGGAGAAACGGCCGGAGGACGAGCCCAUGGAGGAGGAGCCGCCGUUGUAGGAGGAGCGCGAGGAGCUGCUCUCUGACCUCCCCCGUGCGGAGGCUUCCCUGCGCCUCCAUGCCCACCUCCCUCCUCCCUCCUCCCCGUUUCAUUUUUACCCCCUCUUGUCCCGCCUACACCCUCCCCCCCAACAGGCAGCUUCCCAGCCGGGGGGAACGGGGGGGCGCGACGCCCAGGAGAGGGGUCCGAAACGGGCGGAAGACUGAACAGACUAAGCCCCGCCCCCGGCCGACGGGGCGGCGGGGCGUUUACGGUCUCCCCCGUCACGUGACACACGGGGACCCCUGCAGCAGGGCCUCGGGGCGACGGCUGCGGACCGAAGAAGUUUGUUUCUGAGCGGGACGUGGAAUCGUUCCCGCCGCAGCUCCCAAAGCCACUGCUUUGGAACUGUCUCCAGGUCUGAUCUGAUUGGCAGGUCUGGCUGUCAAUCAACACAGCUGUUUUUUUUUUUUUUUUUUUUUUCCUUUUGUUCCAUUUAAAAAAAAAAUGUUUUCUUUAAAAAAAAAAAAAAAACUAUAAGACAAUGACAGACCUUUAAAAACUGGAUUUCAUUCUGUUCGUAAAAAAAAUUUCAUAGUUACUGCUUGAAGAACACACUGACAUAAAAAAAAGCUUAAAGACUGUGCUGUGAUCGUUUGAAGGGAUGGAAGGUGGCACCAGGCUUUUUUUUAGGUGGGGGGAGGAACAUGACAAGUUUAGAUGGGGGGGGACCAAGCCUCUGGUUCCAGUUUGGAAGCAUCCGGAAGAUUCAGAGUUUGUGCCUUUUUUAAAAACCUGGUGGAUUUUGUGAUGAAUUCAGAAGAACAUUGCCUUAAACAAGUUGUGUACCCGAGCGACCCUUUCUUUUUUUUUUUUUUUUUUUUUUUUUGUUUUGUUUUUUAAACCCCCCCCCUCCCCCACUUUUUUUCGGCCAGGAGAUGGAUGGAAAGAGCCAGGCAGUGACAGCAAGACAGACGGAGAAGGACAGGAGACAGAAAUCCCUCAGCAUGUUUACCAGGAAUGUGGUGUAGACGACUCUGUGUUUUCCCACAGUCUCUGAACCUCUUUUAACGUUUCCUUUCCUUCGGUUGUUUUCGGUUUUUAUUUUAUUUUAUUUUAUUUUAUUUUUUUGAACUAAGAGAAAAGGUUUUGUAAGGUAGUUGCCAGCUAUACAGUGGCAAACAUCGUUGGAACAAUUUUAAUUGAAUUCCGCAGCGCUGGCGAAGAUUGCCUAAUGUAGCUACACAUUUUAACCCUUGACCAAACGAAUAUCAUUUUUUUAGAGUUAAAAAGCAUGUACUGUACUAGAGCGACUUGCCAUUUGCGAAAUUAGAAUGCUGUUUAAAAAUACUAGUAAAAUAAAAAUAAAAGAAUAAAUUAAAAAAAAAAAACCAAAGCAUGAGUUCGCUUCCAGCUCAGUUUCACGCCACUAUUUACUGCGAGCUUAAGAAGUUGGGAUGUUUGCCUUACAGUCAAAGUGACUUUUCUUGCAGAGUGCGUAGUUUUUGCAGAAAAGAUAUGGUUGAGCCACUUGCAGUACUUACAAGCUUUUGAAGUAACUGACGCUAUUGAGCUAUUUGUUUGAAAUUUCAUCUGACGAAAACGAUUGUUACAAUCCGCCGUCGACACAUAACUCGGUUAACGUCUCGAUAAAGAUCUUCGAAUUAAAUCUUUUUGGGCGUCAGUCUGAAGUGCCAGUCUUUUCAUAUCUUUGGCCUUGGAACUUUUGAAGGCGUCCCAUGAAGAUAUUUUUUUGGUGCUUGAGUAAAAACUAUUUCCUGUAUUUUGGGCUUACGCUCCAUUUGCAAGCUACAGAAAUGGGCCAAAAUUUCACUAAUUUUCAGGUGCUACUGAGCAUGUGUGCGUUACCACGACGCUAAACAGGAAGUCAUCUGACCCAGUUCUGACUCUGGACUAAAAACGAGCAAAAAAAAAAAACCCAUUUCUGUGGGAUAGCAAAAAUACAGUCAAUGACAAUCUGCAUGGGAUCCAGAAGGUAAAUACUUGUUUUAACGAAUAACUACAUAAAUUUGUCUGCAUAUAUAACUCUAUGUAGCAUACGUAUAUUGUCUGUAUGUAAACAGGUCCAUAUACUGUGAGCAUACUCUUUCAUCUAACUUGGUCUGGCGCAGUGCAGAUUAGGGAGGCUGACCGAUCUUCAAGAGUCAUAUCUAUUUUAAAAAAAGAAAGAAAAAGAAAACCAACUCAUGUUUAGCCACUUGGCAACUACCUUAAGCAUUAUUCUAUUAAAACCAUGGUCGAUUAUGUACAUUGUUAUAAGUUGAAAAACUGAAAAGCAAGAAACAAAUGCUUGAUUGCUGUUGUUGUUGAUGUUACUAUGAUUCCACUUUGCGGUUAUUUUGAUGAUGAUUCCAUUCUCGUUUGCUCUCAUCUUUGGUCUUUCUAUUCCUGUUUUUUAUUAGUGAUCUCCUGUUUUUUCCAUGUCUGUAUUUUUGAGUGAUAUGGCAUCCUCUCGGUUAGUUUUUUUGUUUGUUUUUUUUUACUUUUUUAAUUUGUUUUGCCAUUUUCAUUUGUUUGGUUGUUUUCUUACUUUUUUUGUACAGUUGACAUUGCGUUCUGUUUGCUUAAGGAUCCAGUGAGUUUUGUUCACUUUCUUAGAAAGCAGCAUUUCCACGCAUCGUGUGUGUGCUUUGGAAGGGGUGGGAUUGGGUGUUUCUACUUUGUAUAAUAAUUCCAACAAUUGUGUAUUUACUAUAUGUUCUGUUCAUAGUAGAUUUAUAUAUGGAAAACAAAUCUAUAAAUAUAUUAUAUAUAAAAAAUGCAAUCUUGUUUUAAAAAAAAAAAGAGUAUUGCAGAGAGAUAUACCCAUAUAUCCAAGCCCUUUUCUGGUAUCUGUGACUGCACUGUUUUAAGGUUGCCAUGGAGGAGGAAGUCACUGUAGCAUUGCAUUUGCAUUUGCAUUUGACUCUGCGUUUGCAUUUGGUGCCUGUUUGAAAGGAAUGGCUCUAUUUCCGGCUUGGCCCUGGGUCCGGUGAGCAGCGCUCCUCGCAGCGUAGCGUGGUGGCCGUACGGCUACGAUUCCCGUCUUUACGGGCCGUUCCUAAGUCACACUCUCCGAGCGGUCUGAAACGCGGCGGGGGCGAUGGGAGGAGCUGUCGUGUGCUGAUACUCUGAAGCAGUUAUAAUGUCCCCGCUUUUCCCUACGUUCUGAGGACCGUCCCCUUUAUACAACACUCCAUACUUACAAAGGCCAUACUGUGUGUGUGUGUGUGUGUACAUGUGCGUGUGUGUGUGUGUGUGUGUGUGUGUGUGUGUGUGUGUGUGUGUGUGUGUGUGUGCGUGCGUGUGCAUGUGUGUGUGUGUGUGUGUGUGUGUGCGUGCGCGUGCGUGUGCGCAUGCGUGUGUGUGUGCGUGCGUGUAUGUGUGUGUGUGUGUGUACGUGUUCAUGUGCAUAUAUGUGUGUGUGUGUGUGUGUCUGUCUGUGUGUGUGUACAUGUGUGUGUAUGUAUGUAUAUAUAUAUAUAUACACACACACACACACACACACACACACACAAAUGUGUGUGCGCAUGGUAUCUGUGUGCCUGUGUAUGCGCACGUGUGUGCGUGUGCCUGUGUAUGUGCGCACACAUUUGUGUGUGUGCAUAUAGACACACCCACAUGUGUGCAUAUGGUAUCUGUGCGCGCACGUGUGUGUAUGUGUGUGUGUGUGUUUCCACCAUGAAGAGUAGUAUAAGAUACUGCGCAUUCAUCAUUCUCCGUAUAGAAAUGAACAGCACGCUCGGUGCUGGGCCAGUGUAAUCCGCUGCUUUUAGCCGAAGGCCAGAGAAAUAGCUGGCUCUCCCCGCCCCCCGCCCCCGCCCCCGCCCCCGCCCCCGCAGCUCGGAGGGGUUCGGUCCGCCCGCCGCAGCUCGGAGGGGUUCAGUCCGCCCGCCGCCGCAUGGAGGGGUCCGUGCGGACGCACGCUCGCCGAGGUUUGCUCACCGUGGGCCCUGAACCGGCGUCUCUUUAGCUCGUGUCAUUUCAGGAGGCUGUGGUGACUGGUGAUCCGGUUAUGAUUAGAUUUUCUUUCUCGUUUUUAGGGGUUCAUUUUGCAGUUGCUGUUUCAGCCAUGCAGAUCACUCAGCUGUAGGUCAGCACAGGAGGCUGCUCUGAGGCCAACACGGUCAUCAUUUUCACAGUUUUUCUGAUUUUUUUGCUCUGUGAAAUUGAUAUUUAAUCUCAUCUCAAACUUCCUCCUCUCCAUCUACACUUUCCGAUUUAGUUCUGAUUUGUAGAGAACUCUGCAAUAGACAAUAUCAUGGAAUAUCAGGUUCACAUAGCUGACUUUUGACAAACUAAUUUACCUGAUGGGAGUUGUUGUUUUUUUCAUUGACAGUAAUAAUCCUGUAUUAGUGAAAAUGCCAUUUAAACCAUGCUCAGCAACUGUGGCUUCACACUUCUCCUGGGAAUGACUUUUCUGUCAUUUAAACAGAACACUCAUUCCUGGGAAAAGCACUGUAUCCGUGUCAUUCCCAGGAAAAGCACUGUACCUGUGUCAUUCCCAGGAAAAGCACUGUACCUGUGUCAUUCCCAGGAAAAGCACUGUACCUGUGUCAUUCCCAGGAAAAGCACUGUACCUGUGUCAUUUCCAGGAAAGGCCCUGUUCCUGUGUCAUUCCCCAGAAAAGCUCUGUUCCUAUGUCAUUCCCCAGAAAAGCACUGUACUUGUGUCAUUCCUUGGAACAGCACUGUACCUGUGUCAUUCCCAGUACAUAUUCCUGAUUAGCAGGCCUUCCUGGGCUAUACAGUAGAUAAUUUGCUCAGGUCAGUUUUGCUCUCAGAUAAUCCCUGCUUGCACACUUAGGUGCUGGUUUUGUGUUGCUGAAUUACAUUUGGCUCCCAGUUGUAACUGUAACUGAUUAAAAUCAUUGGGUUAUCUCUCCUUCAGCAGUGGAUGUUGUCUAGCUGGGCUCUGUUCUGCUGAAUCCAUGAUCUCUCUGCACUGUGAGGGCAUUUAUGGAAUGUCCCUGUCGAGGGACCUCCAUGGUCUUAAAGCCCACUGUGUUAUAGGGGCCCAGCCAUGUUUACAUAGGCUUCCAUUUUCACCCCAGCUACCAUAGCGAUGUCCUCUCAGCAUUACCAUAACGACGUCCUCGCAGCAUUACCAUGACGUCAAAGGGAAACUAUCGAGCGGACGCGAACUUUGCUGCGAUAUUUGAAAGGCUGCUUCGAGCCAGCCAGCGCCCCCAAAUCGCACGCUAUACUCUCAUCAGCCAGCUAAUCACAACUUUACCGAAUUUUUAAAUUUAUUUUUCGGCUUGAUCAACGGCAGUCGUGCAGAUAUUUUUAUUUGUUUUAUCAUUCGAUUUGAUUUCUUUAAAGGGAUUUUCUAUCUGGCUCAUAAACCUAGCGCCCAGAUAGUAAUUACUUUUUUUUU